GCCACCUGCACCGCCGCCGUUCUCCUGCUGGUUUCAGGACCUCUCAACACGCACGAACGAGGCAACAUGGCAUCAAUGGAACAAGAAGAUCCCCUACCUCCAGGCUACCCUUGCGUCAGGUCGGGCACAUUCUCCAGCGCUUCCCCGUUUCUGUGCCGGGAGCAUCCGACCAACGAGGACCGCGCUCUGGUGUUUGAAGAUAUGGUAUCUGUGCUCAAGCUGGCUCCGACGGGAACGCGAGGGCCUUUGGCGUGCCUGUUCGGGGUGUUUGACGGGCACGGCGGCGAUGGAGCCUCCAAGUUCGUGGCGAACCACCUCCAUCACUUGAUCGGGAGGAGCGCUUUCUACGAGAGCAUCGAUUACCCCGCGGACGAGGCGCUGGCGAGCGCGGUGGAGGAAGGCGUAGCGUCGGCUUACAUGGACUGGUCGAAAAAGUCGGGAGACACCUCCGGCUGCUGCGCUUGCGUGGUCGCAAUCCGGGGUUCGGUGCUCUGCGCCGCUAACGUUGGGGACUGCCAGGCGAUCCUCAUCACGGACAAGGGGACCAUCGUUUCUCUCUCCCGGCCGCACCGUGCCGUCGACCUCGACGAGAAGGCGCGGAUCCGAAGCAACGGCGGGAAGGUGGUGCAGGGGAGGGUCAUGGGCGUGCUCGAGCCAUCUAGGGUUAUCGGGGACUACGACAUUAAGCGGACCUGGCCAGGUUGUGUUAUCGCGGAGCCGUACGUGCUGGUCCGAACCUUGCCAUACACGCGCGGACAGAUGCCAUCGAUCUUAGUGGUAGCGUCGGACGGGGUGUGGGACUUCAUGACCCAAGCAAGCGUAUCGAAGCUGGUCACCGAGGCGAUCCGCAAGCAAAAAGACCCACGCCAGGUGUCCAAGGAGCUGGUGGCCGCUGCGAGGGAGGCAGGCAGCGGGGACGACAUCACCGUGGUCAUCGCGAAGCUAGGGUGACUGACUGACGACGAGAAGCUGCUGUCCGUUCGUCGUUCGUUGUCGGAAUGACAUUCCGAGAGAGCUUCCUGAAGAGUUUUUUUUCUGUCUCUUAUUAUCGUUCGACGGCAGGCUUCCACGAAACCCGGAACGGAAAGCGUGAAGGAAGCAACGAGCGAUUGAGCAAGGAGCGGCCGAGCGUGGCCGGUGUCAUGAGAAACCAAAUGAGUCACCUUAUGUGGCCGUAGUAGGUCUGGGUGCUUUAAACCCGACUAGCUACCGAGUUGUGCGAGGAGCAGUUGUGCUGCUGUACCCGACCUGUGAUGCGUACCAUGGGUUUGAUUUUUGUGUCCGAGUUCGUGGUCUCAUACCGCGUUGUGGAUUACGUGUAGAUAAUUGUAUAUAUGGCUUUGUAUUUGUUAUACAGCAUGAGUCGGGGAGCUUGCGCGUUGAGUGGGGGUGUUCUCGUACGGGAGUGGGUGGCACGGCGACGUUUCUCCUUUGUCUUCCAAUCUCUCGCUUGGCUCUCAUCAUGCUGCACCGUCCAGUCUACGGACAAAUUAAAUCGGUCAAAAAGCGGUACAACACCUGCGCGUUUUGUGACCUGCGUGGGUGACACUCGGCGAUGAUUAACCACCUCGGUGCCCGGUCGCCUAGUUUUUAAAAUAUCAGCUUGUUUUUGGCUUGCGUUUGUGUCCUUGCCUGCGCGUUCCUGCGAUAGGACGACGGUGCAUUGUCCGCUAGUAGUGGUGUUAGACGGACGGUUCAGGAGUGUACAUGACUAGAUCGUGGCAGAAGCUAUCGUUCGACUAGUGCAGUAGUGCGCCACGCGUGCUCUGUACCUUCUUCGUAAUUUGUAUUUUAUUCUGUUUUGCUCGCGAUUUUCCUUAUUCUUUGUGUGUGGCAGGGCGUGCAUUGCGCCGGGCGGGCGGUUUGCACUUAUAUAUCGAAAACAAUUGGCAACAAAAUCUGCACGAUUAUAGGCACCUUUGCAGUCCACCACCCUUCUGCUUGCGGCAUGAUGGGAUUCUCAUGUUGGAUGGUAUCACCUGUACACUUCCAUUGUCGGAGCGUUGUGUAUAAAAAACAUUGGUUUCAUCGGGUGAUCGGCUUCGUACAAAAAUGUCGGUGGUGGCCUCCCCGAA